AUGAUGGUGAGUGAUAGGGAUACAGGUUGCAUCAGCCAAGUGUUCCACAAUCACCUGUUGGUCAACAUCAUCAUUGGACAUGUGAUCGAUAUACACAAGAGAUGGAUGAGUUUGCCAAAGCCAUCGAUCAGAUCUUCAAUGCCAGAUGACAACAACAAUAACAACAACAACAAUAUACCUCUGAUCAGAUCAACAAUCAAAGGUCGACAACUCCACAACAUGAGUCUCGUUGAUAUGUUGCGAUUCAACGCCACUGACAUGUUCAUCAAGACAUUCGACAGCAUCGCCUCUGACUACCCCAUCGAGUGCAACACUCUGUUGUCUUCCGCAGCCACCUAUAACAACACUAUGGUAUACAAUCAUUUGAUCAAUUCCAACAGCAGAAUGAAGAUUAGGAUUGGCUUCAUUGAAUGGGACAUGAUCUUCCUUCAUAGCAACAUGGACCCUCUGCGGACCCUCCUCCCUAUGUCCACAAAGUUCAGCUCGUUCCAUAUACUGCGCAAUCUUCUCUAUGCUGUUGACUCUGGCAACGUGGAGUUUGUACGACUUCUUCUCCAACAUACAUAUGAUGCCAAUCAGAAGCAGAGCAUUGCUGAAACCACUGGUAUCAAACUGCGCAGACCUGGCGUCCGAGUUGACAUGCUACGAAUGCUGCACAAGGAGUUCAAAUGUCUUUAUGCAUUCAGCUACCUCUGGGAAGGUGCGCUCAUGCACUCGGCCAAGUACAGCAUGUUGGACAGUGUUCAAUACAUCAUUAACAACAUGCCACCCCAUCUGGAAGUGACCACUGGCAUGCUCAUCAAGUGUCUCAAACAAUGUGCCAAGUCUGGCAACAUCGACAUGUUCCAAACAUUCAUCAAGUUACCCGUUGGCACCAGGUACCUCUUCUACCAAAGCAAUAGAGAUAUCAAGAGGAUCAUUGAGAAGGCGGUUGAUCAUGGCCAGGAAUCAUUCAUCAAUCAUCUCCACCAACAGUAUGUCGGCAGAUACUACAUCAACAAGAGUUGUGAGAGUUUGAUUCGCAAUCUCUUGGUGAUGCCGCCACCUGGUGAACCAACGCACACCGCCAGACUUCGAAUCAAAUCAUUGUCUUCAGUCAUUCUCAACGAUGACCUCACAUCAAUCGACUUGUGCAUUGAUCAGACCAUCAAUCUCAAACUCAAGAUGUGUCGAACGAUGUCCAAAUCAAUUGCCAGGUUCAUCUCAGGUCCUCGGACUCGCGUCAAUCGGUUGUGCUUUGGUGGCAAAUCAAUACUCUUCAUGUGUGAGGCCGUUGGAAGAAGAGGCAGCAGUAUAACAACGGACAUGGUAUUCCAGUUCAUUGUCAAUGGCGAUCAUCAAUCACCAGAGGAUCUCGAGACAGCCAUGGAGUUGGCCAGCGGCUACUCUACUGCCGUGAUGAAACAACUCCACACUCACUUCAACAUUGAGUACAACAAUUCAAAGUGUCUAAAGAAGGCCAUGUCGUUCAGAUGUUUCGAGACCAUUUCAUUGAUCCUCAAUCACCCUGGAGACAAGAGUUAUCUUGAGAAGGAUAGAAACGUCAUAAGGGAUGAAGCAUUCAUGUUUGUUUCCAAAGCACCAUUGUCCGAGGUGACAUUCAUCUUGGAUCACAUCGACUUUGUUCGAGGUGAUGUUGAACUGUGUCAGUGGGCCGCACGUAGCCCUCACGUGGAUAUGUUUGAACAUGUGAUCAAUCUGUUCACUCUCGAGCAACUAAAUGAUCAAGUGAUCAACAGUAUCAUUAAUCAAGCACUCCUGAACGAUAGAGUGGACAAUGUUUGCAUGCUCCAGCAACGCUUUGAGAACGACCAGACCAUCUCACUGAUCAGGCCAACGUUGGACACGCUUCAUAUAAUGGCUCAAAUGAACUGCUACCUCACAUUGGAGCACUACUUCAACUCAACAUCAUUCAUCGACCAGUUCAAACUACCAUUACAAAGAGAGCGAAUACUCCACUUUGUACUCAAAUUUGGUUACAAAUAUUCCACUCAUCGAGUGAUCAACUUGUGCACUGAUCAGAUAAAGUCAUCAACCACAACAUAA